AUGCGCGCAUCUCUGCUGCUCCCAGCGGCGCUACUGGCGCUCGCGACGCCCAUCUCUGUGCGCGCGCGCUCCAUGGACGUGGACGAGUGGCCGGCCACCGAGAGUGACCACACGAAGCUGCAGAUGGUGUUGCCCGAGCGGCUCAUGAAGAAGGACGGCUACGCGCACAAGGAAGCUCUCUUCGGCUACCCGUCGUACUCGACCGGGUCGCUCCAGACGCAGUUGGUCUAUUCGAACGAAUCAGGCUGUGAAGAGAUUUCCAGCAGCGGCUGGGAGCCGCCGUUUGCGCUCCUAUUGGACCGUGGCGACUGCCAUUUUGUCAACAAGGUGCGCCACGCCCAGCGUGCCGGGGCGCGGGCGGUGCUCAUUGCUGACAGCCGAUGCCUCUGCACCGACGUCGAGUGUCUGCGCGAGACAGGGGACGAUUUCUGUGAGACGGUGCUGCCGUUCAUGGCAGACGACGAAUCGGGCGGCGACGUUACGAUCCCGAGCAUGUUGAUCCGCAAGAGCGACGGCGACGCGAUCAAGCGCGAGAUCGCCCAGAGCAAGGGCGUCAGCAAUGUGAUGGUCAAGUUUGACUGGGGCGUGCCUUCGCCUGAUGGGCGCGUCGAGUGGACGCUGUGGCAGAGCGCGUGGGACGAUCAGUCGCUGUCGACGUUGACGAAUCUGGAAGAGAUGGUCAAGGCGCUCGGUGACCGCGCGUUUUUUACACCGCGGUUUGUCUCGUAUAAUGGAAGUAAAGUGGGUUGCCACGAUGAGACGGAAGAAGGGACGUCGGCCUGUGGCAACAUGUGCUUGAACAAUGGUCGCUACUGUCUGCUGGACCCGUCGCCGUCUCAUGACCGUUCUACUGGCGCAUCGGGCGCUGACGUGGUGCUGGAGAAUUUGCGUCGCAAGUGCAUUUGGAAGCUGGAGAGUGAGACCGACCCGGGCGUUGGACUCAAGUGGUGGAAGUAUGUGAAGGCCUCUGGGGAAGCGUGCGGGAAGGAUGAGGACCUUUUUCGGGAGCGAUCUUGCGCCGAGAAGGUGAUGAAGGAGCUGGGCAUUGACAUUGGAGCUGUGGAGAAAUGCAUGCAACCGUACGGUGUGGGUGUGGACGAGGUGAAUCCUUUGCUUGAGGAGGAACUAAAGGAGCAGACUGCGCUUCAACUUUUGCACUUGCCUGCGCUGUACGUGGACGGGGUGCAUGCUCGUGGCCGUGUGGACCCAACAAGCAUUUUGGGUAUGAUUUGUGCUGGCUAUGGUGUUCACGAUCCUCCUGAGGUGUGCUCAUGCGCUAGUCAGUCAUCAGCUGGGCUCUUGGAUUGUGUGAAGGUGGGCAGUCUCGCGAAUGCUGCCGUCAUCACGAGCAACGACGGGUACUCGUUUGCGUCGCUAGUUUUUGUGUUGCUUGCGUUCGUGGGUAUUGUGGCUAUAGGUGGCUUUGUCCACUGGCGUCGCACGCAGCGCCACAUGCGCGACCAGGUGCGGAGCAUUCUGGCUGAGUACAUGCCGCUUGAGGAUCAGUCGUUGGAUGACGAGUAUGAUUUGGAAGAUGAGAAGUCGCGUAUGCUGCACCCGGCGGAGCGAGCUGCUGCGAAGAGUCCCCGCGGCUACAUGCCAUCGCGCGGCUUUCUAGAGCAAGACGAGGAUGGUGGUAUGUGA